UUAUGUAGUGGGGAAAUAUGUGGAGGCUCGACCGCUUUUGGAGGCUCGGAGUUAAUGCAGUACUCUGUCGGCGCCGUUCCAUUCAGUUUUAGUCACAUUCCGUGAUUUUAUUCUCCUCUGGAUGACAUACACACAAGGAUAUUCAAAUUAUAAGAAGAACAUAUUUUUUUAAUCCAAGCUCCCAAACGACUUGGAACGUGUAGUUCAGUGUCUUUUGGAUACUGAACCAACUGUCAGUGAGGCUAAAUCCUUAAAGGUUCAUUAGCAGAAAAUAUUGAAAGAAAAUGAUGGUACCCUCCGAAAGAGCUCUCCAUGAAGCUAUCCAGGUUAGCCCUUUGGAUCUUCCGGACGAUGUCAAGAGACAAAAGAUUGAAAAUUUAUUGGCGCAGAUGCGACUUUCUGCGGCGACAGCCAGAAAAAUCCAAGAUGUUUUCCGGUCCGAAAUGAAUAAAGGGAUCCACCAACAACCCUCUUCUCUGCAAAUGGAAAAUACUUAUAUACCUGAAUUGCCUGAUGGAACAGAGGAAGGAUUAUUCUUGGCUCUCGAUUUGGGAGGAACAAAUUUUCGCGUUCUCCUGCUGGAGUUGGUGAAUGGUGUGGUUGUAAGGGAAGACGUAAAAAAAUAUCACAUUGAUGCCCAUCUUAGAACCGGCUCGGGUAUGCCAUUAUUUGAAUAUCUUGCUGAAUGUGUCAGCAAUUUUGUUAUCAGCGAGGGUCUUCAAGAUGUAGAGCUUCCUUUAGGAUUUACUUUUUCAUUUCCGAUGAUCCAACAUUCAUUGGAAACCGGAAUUCUAGUAACUUGGACAAAGAGUUUCAAUUGUCCUGAUGUUGUAAACAAAGAUGCAGUACAAUUAUUGAAAGACGCCAUAGCUCGUCGUGGUGAUACAAGAGUUAAAGUACUAGCAGUGCUCAAUGAUACAACUGGAACGCUUCUUCAAGGAGCUACUCAAGAUCCAAACACUGCUAUUGGUCUUAUCCUAGGUACAGGAAGUAAUGCUUGUUAUCUUGAACGAGCUGAUAAAGUCGAACACUGGGAGCCUGAGCGACAUGGCGAGCGUGAGGUAAUUAUUGAUAUUGAGUGGGGUGCAUUUGGUGACAACGGUGUUUUAGAUUUCAUAAAAACAGAUUUUGACAGAGAAAAUGACGCUAAUUCUUUACUCGUUAAUUCAUUUACAUUUGAAAAAUAUAUCAGUGGUAAAUACCUUGGGGAAUUUGUACGUGUUAUAUUGGCUAAAUUGUCAAAAGAUGGUUUAUUGUUUACGAGACAAGUUCCAGAAAGUUUACGUUUAGUUGGAAGUUUCUUAACAGAUUACAUAUCUCUUAUUGAACAAGACACAGUCAAUGGCAGUAGCGUUCACACGAAAGAAGUUCUUGCUAAAUUUAAUAUAAUACCUGACGAAGAAGAUUUAAAAAUAGUUCAAUAUGUUUGUGAGCUUGCGUCAAAUCGCGCAGCUCUUUUAGUUUCUAUAUGCGUCGCAACGCUCCUUGACCACAUGGAGAGAGAAGAAGUAACAAUAGCUGUUGAUGGCUCUCUCUAUAAACAUCAUCCACGAUUUGAAAAUUGGAUGAAUCAAUAUAUAACUUUAUUGACACCGGCUCGGAAGUUUAAGCUUAUUCACGCUCAAGAUGGAAGUGGAAAAGGUGCGGCAAUCGUUGCAGCAAUUGCAUUAAGGAUAAAAAAAAGAUUAGAAUGAAAGCUUAUUUAAAGUUAAUCAACCAAUCGCCGGUAUGUCAUUUAAUUUUUAAUGUUGAUAAUUAAAUUCUUUUAUUUCAAUGAAUCUAAUUACAAUCAUGUUUAAGUUUUUUUUAGUUUUUAGUAUUUUUUUACUAAGAUUUUUUUAUACAAUAUUCAACCGAUUCAAUUAUCUCUGAUUGAAGAAAUUUUCUUAUUUCAAUGGAAUCUUUUUUAUUUUAUUAUGUUAUAGUGGAAAAUAGAA